UCGACAUUCCCCUCAUCUUGUAUCUUGCAUCUUGACACUCGUUUGGUCACUGGACAUGAUGGUGUCUUCGGCUACAUUCUAUACCAUGCUCAAGUAUGGCUUCGGCGUGACCAUCACAAUACCCGUCGUGCUCGCUGGUGCGCUGUGGUGGUUUCAGCGCCGGCUAAUCUAUCCCGCCGACUUCCCCGAGGGAUCACGGACAAUGGUGCCGAAGCCGACGGACGCAGCCAUGCCCUACGAGGACGUGACGCUGACGACGCCGGACGGGCUGAAGAUCCGGGCGUAUGUGAUUCCGGCGCGCGAGCGCAUCGUGGCGCUGCACGAGCUGCGCGGGCUGGACAGCGCCAAGCUCAAGCAGCGGGGAAUGGAGGAGGCGGCGGCAUGGGACGCCGUCAAGGACACGUCCGAGGCGGUCGAGUACGCGCGCUCGCGCCCGACGGUGGUCAUGUUUCACGCGAAUGCGGGGAACGUGGGCCACCGCAUCCCGCUCGCGCGCAAGUUUGUCUCGGAGCUCCACUGCAACGUCUUCAUGCUCAGCUACCGGGGGUACGGGCACAGCGAAGGCUUCCCCUCCGAAGCGGGGAUCAAGGUCGACGCGGCGACGGCGAUGGAGUAUAUCUCGACGCACCCGAUCUUGAGCAAAACGAAGCUUGUCCUGUACGGGCAGAGCAUCGGCGGCGCCGUCGUGCUGGACACAGCCGCCGCCUUCCCGGACAUGGUGUCCGGCGCGAUCAUCGAGAACACGUUCGUGAGCCUCGAAAGCCUCGUGCCGAGCGUCAUGCCCAUGCUCCCGCCGCUGCUCGUGCGCCUGCUGCUCAGCGAGCGGUGGGACGCGGCCACGGCGAUCCCCAAGAUCCGCAAGGACACGCCCAUCCUCUUCCUCUCGGGCCGGCGCGACGAGCUCGUGCCGCAGGCGCAGAUGCUUGCGCUGCGCGAGCUCCGGCGGCGCACCGGAGGCAAGUGCCGCUGGCGCGAGUUCCCCGAGGGUACGCACAACGACACGUAUGUCGCGCCGUCGUACUGGGAGGAGAUUGGGGCGUGGCUGCGCGAAGAGGUCGAGGGCGAGAAGGCGGAGAAGGUUUGAUAGGUAUGCGGUUAAUGCAUGGAGGAUGGUGAGCAG